CACCCUACCCCAACAAGUCUCCAUGUUCUACCAGUUCUAACACCAACCAAAGCAACAUGGACGAUUGUUGAAUGUCUAGUUCCAUUGAAAAAAAUCCAUAAAGCCAUGAAAGCUGUCAUUCUCGCAGCAGGAUAUGGGACAAGGCUUGAACGGGACAUCAGAGAAGACUCUAGUCAGAAGUUUGCCCAUCUUCUAGGGGUACCAAAACCAUUGCUUCCAAUCAGAGGGGAAAGUCUCGUGUCCCAAUGGAUGGGUGCUUUGGCGGGCAUGAGAGAGAUCGAUCAAGUGUUCCUAGUGACAAAUAAGUUAUUUUUGGAAAAGUUCAAAUCCUGGGCAUGUGAUUGGCCAGUUGAAAUCCUCUGUGAUGGGUCAACUUGCAAUGAGGACAGGCUUGGUGCUGUUGCAGCCAUUCAACUUUGCAUUGAACACAUGACAAAGAAUUCAUCAAGUCCAGAUGACCUACUUGUAAUUGGAGGGGACACCUUAUUUUAUGAUGACUUCUCUGUUGACAAAUUUGUGCAAUCCUUCUAUGAAAAACAACAAAGAACACCAUCCGGAGGCCAUGUACUAUGCUACAAGUGCUCAGAUACAGAGACAAGCAAAUUUGGAAUACUGGAAACAAAUGAGGAUGGUAUGAUAACUGCAUUUUUGGAAAAACCAGGUCCAGAAGCAACAACUUCAAGGUGGGCUUGUCCGUGCUGUUACAUAAUAUCUAGAGAAAACCUCAAGCUUGUCAAGAAUUUUCUGGACGAGAAAAGGGAUAGCCCCAUCAAGUGCAGAGAUGCCCCCGGUAAUCUUAUUCAGUAUCUGCAAUCAAGAGUGCCAUUGUACACCAUGGAAAUAUCAGGAAGAUUUGACGUUGGAGGACUAGAGUCCUACAAAAAAUGCGACUUCUACUUCAAAAGACGCAUGCCACUGAAUGAUCUAGUUUAAGAAUGGUAGAAUUGCAGAAUAAUGGAGUUCCUAGUAAGGAAGACUUUGUUUUUUGGGGAGAGGAUCAAAGCGGAAUUCAACUCACUGAGUUUUGUCUUGGUUUGACAUCACUUCCUAGUCAUUAAGCUUGGCUUAUUAUGACCACUGAUGAGCAAAUUGUCAUUUUGUAUUUUUUGCCAUUGUGGAGCUUAGCGGGGGAUUUGCGCAUUUAUUAUCCCUCGACUAAAUUCCAGAUUCACUUUAGCAGCAGACGCCAUUGAAGUGUGCGGGGCGCCUUUCUAAGGGCUUUUCGCUUUGAUGCUUUGAAAGCUUGACAAAUCGUCACAAUUGUUUUGUCCAGUGUCUUUUAAAACCUGUUUUUUUUUUAUAUUAUGGAAAACGGGGAAGGAAAAUGUAAAGAUAAAGGGAAAACUACUGAAGAGGUUGAGCUAAGAGCAAGUAAGACCCAACAUUCUUCAGAGACGGCUAUUGUGGUGAGUCAAAUAUUUGACGACUUAUUUAAUUGUAUCAGCAAAUAAUGUGAAUUUGUGUGGAAAAAAACAUGGAGAAUGAAUAUAGGAGUAUUCGAGUCUAUUUAUCAAUCAAGAUCUACGGUCAGAUAAGAACAUUGUAAACACGACAAGCUUCGUACAACUCUAUCCAUUAAAAACACCGAUUGGAAGUAAAAAA